AAAGAAAGUAAUCUAAAUUUAACAUAUUCGAAUAAUGGAAUUCAGUCACGUGAUCCACGAAGGAGCCCAUUAUACUUGUCCCAGUGCUAAACUGGAUAAUGAUGACAGAUUUUGCAGCAGAAACUACUUGAAGCAGGUUCACAAGAUUUUUGCCUGAGUUACAAAAAAAUUGUUCAUGGCAUCCUGGCCCCAACAAACUGCUGUUUUCCCUGCCAAAACCUUGCCUUAGUGGGCAAUCAGGAGCAAAAGCCAGAAAGGUUUAUUCAGAGAACACAAAAAAAGGUAAAUUCAGACACUACAAUGAUUUCUGUACAUUGAUGAAUGUAGGUACAAUUUAUAUCUUCACAUGAUGAUCAACCAGGAGUGCGUGAAGUAAGAAUACAGUGUAAAAGAUCUUAGACAUAGCCGAAAACCGCUAUUUCUGGACUAUAGCUGGGAAAUAUGUAGUUCUGAAGUAGUGUCGCUCAGUCUAAUGACAUGACAGAAGACUCAUAGCUCAAUAACGAAUGUUAGUCGUCGACUAUCAUCUAUAAUCUUUUUGACUGAAAUGAUAUACACAUAGUACUAAUAACAUAAAAUAUGUAAUAAAUAAAAGUAAAGAUAUUAUCCCAAUCACCACGUCCACCACAUAAACAUAAAGAUAAGAUGCUCCUAUUUUAAUUGGAAAUAAAAAAUACUUAAUGUUACUAGAUUAAUGAAAUACAUAGUUAAGUAAUUGUGAAACUUUUCGACCAUGGAACUACGUGCCUUUAUAUACUACUCAUAUGAUGGAAGGGAAAAAUGCUUUGUAUGUGCCAAAGUUCAAUGGUUCCCACACAUAUAUCUCAAAAACUAUUCCACCCAUUUAUUACGGUUUUCCGAAAAGGUUUCGUGUUUACUUUAUUACCUCACCAAGAGGCAAUAAACAUGUUCAGUUAGUAGUAUUGAACCAUUUUUGUUAUUUCUUUGGGUGCUCUGUUUGUAGUUUUUUUUUAAUUAUUGCUCGUGUUGCUCGUUCGAGAUACCUGUAUUCUACCAUUUAAAAGGCGGCAUGAAUUAAAGUAAAGACAAACUAAGGCCACGUUUGCAAUGCAUUGUGACGUAUAGCAAUUUGAUUUUGAAAAUAAAUGACUAUGAAACACGGUACGGUACGUAUGUUUCUAAAUCAUCUGUUUUCAUACAAAUCCAGGAGGUCAGACAUCAUAAUGCGUUACAAAGGUUGCGUGCACCCAGUUUAUCUUUACCUUUAGUUUUAUACUCUUUUUGUUGUAACAACACCAACCCAGGUCUCUAAAAACGAGACAAAAAGCCCUUGAUUUGUAGAAUAGUCAUAUAAAUGAUUAUCACGUUCUGUUUAAUGUCCUGCUUGUUUUUUGGACGGAAUAAGGAGAACAACCCAUGAUCCACCAAGUUGGUCUAAUGUGGUCUAAUGUCAGAUGCAGGACCAAACGCUGAAAUUAUUACCACAAAAUAAGUACGGAGCAGCACUUGAUUAUAACUGUUUGGUAUCCAUCCUAUGAUAGGCUAUUAUGCAGGUUGCUUGUUGGCUCAGGUUAUAUCACAUAGGUAUAUACAGUAAAACCCGUUCAAGAUGAUUUCACAGGGACUCAAGAUGCAUUUUUAUCUUAAGCGGGAAAGCGUAUUAUGCGGGAUAGGGAAAAAAACACACUACAUAUAAAUAUUUAUUAAAUUCUAUUAUUUGAUAAUAUAUCAUAGCGAAUGUAAGUAUUGAGGUAGUAAAAGUACAAUAUUUAAGAAUUAUGUACGUUAUAAAAUUAAAUUGUGUAUUAUUAUGACAUUCUUUAAAAUAAUCACUUAUUUAGUUUGACAAAAAGAUUUUGGGGGCAUUAGCAAUUACAGGAUUUUCAACAUAAUUUAACUUUUGCAAUGCGUCUUCGCUUUGCUUCAAAGAAGUUACAUAGUGACAGCAUGAUCACUUAGGGCCUCUUUCUUGUGUGUUUUCAAGAGGUAAUCACUUAAGGCCUCUUCUUGUGUCUUAUCCAGAGGUGAUAUGUGUGGUACGUGUUGGCGAUUUAGGCGUAUUAAACGAGAUGACGAAUCGUAUUAAGCGUUAAGUAAUGUAUGAAAACAUGUCUAAUGUUGCAUGGACUGACGUAAAAUGGCGUAUUAUGCGAGAAAUCGUAUUAAACGGGUUCUACUGUAUAUCAAGUGCUGCUAUGUACUUAGAGUGAAUGCAUCGAGGGAGGCUGUAGUCUGUACAUAUAACGUAACGCUACGACUAUAGGAGCGGAGCACCAAUGAAAAAUUUUGGUAACACGCGAAAAAAUAUUGCAUAUGUUCACUUCCGUUGCGUGUGCUGCGUAAACGAUAACAGUUACAUAUCCAUGAAAGACAAAAUUGUUCUCCUUUAAAAGUUCUAUAAAAAGAGUCCGGGUGACCCAUGAUAUACUUACGUUGUUCUCAAAUUAAUGCGGGUAGAGCCACAGGGCACCUCUAGUUAUCAAUCCUGAAAACUAUACGAUACGAUAUUUGCAGCCUAUUAAUAGAACAAUAUUUACCCAGGCGGACACUUCAGUCCUAGCGAAAACUGAUAUUGCCAAGGCUCAUUCAGUGCAAAUGUAUGAUCAGCCAAUUUGAUUCCUAACCGACCAUAAGCUUAUUUUGUUACAACCAUUUCAAAACAAUGAGGUAGAUUUUUGAUUAAAUGUACGUAUCCCUGAAACAAACUUGUUAUUUUCUGAACAAUCAUAUUUGACUUGACAGAUUUUGCCGUCUCCUUGUGCCAUUAUUUUGAAAUUAACUUACGAACGACGGAGUGAAGUGGUUCGUCUCCGCAGGCGGUGAAAAAUCACACCUAUGUAGAUACUAACCGAGCCAAGCUUUCAACCUCAAGUUCCACAGAACCGUAUGACAGCUAACUUUGUUUAGUUAGUAACAUGCGCAGUCGGUUCCCCAACUUUACCAAAGACUCACCUCAGUUCACCGCGCGAACCCGAAAGCUUUGAACGCUUGUCGGUCAGGACGCAAAAGUCCCCUCGUAUUGUUUUCUGUUUAACUGCUGAGUGUUAAUGUAAGCAUUGAAUAGUAGAAAGCAUGUCGAUGUGUUUAGAAAGAUAAAACUAUUUCCCUUCAGUAGGUGUACCUGUUCUUAUUCUCUGAGGGUAUCAACAAAUGUUUAGAGAUGUUAAACCUGUCGCCGUCAAGUUAUCGAAACAUUGAUGAUGGCGAUCGGCCGGUGAACACCAAGAAGAUAUACUCGCGACGGCCGUGGUAUGCGCUGCCGAUCGACCCCGCCGCAGUUCUGAGAAACACGGAAGAGAGUCAGAAUUACGAAACUGAAUACAACGGCCAACAAGACGAAGAGUAUUAUGACCGCAGCAACGAUUACGUGGAGCCAGUGAUUGCUAGGAACCCCGCACGGGUGCAGCAGCUGGACCCCUCAACACCUAACCCGAGAUUCGAACAGGCGCCUACAGAUAACCCUAUCACCGAGUUCUCCUUCGGCAAUGGUGUUAACUUAAGAGAAGUAGCGUUGGUGGCACUUGGAGGAGCGAGCGCAGCGUUGGUACUACUAAUAGUGAUGGCGGGAGUGUUCGUCGCACGAAGGCGCAAGAAUAGCCCCUCGCCGGUCCCCUCCCCGCCGAUUCUGGUUUACCCCCCGCACGACAUCGCCGCACCAUGCUACAUGACAAAGGAAGUGAAUUUCUCGCUGCCGUCGUUUCGCUCGUCUUCGCUCGGCGAGCUGCGCGAUGUAGUCAGCGUGAGCAGUAUGGGCAGUGAGAUUCUAUGCCCGCCAGUGCCAACGCAGCACCGAUCAAAUUCAUUCACGAACACAGCGGAUCUCGGGGUUCUAGACCCAUCUCUAUACAAAUCCGAUUGCUUAGACGAGGACCUCCUUUGGCCGGAAGGACACGUGGGUCGAGUGUGGUUCACGAUGAAGUACGAGUCGGGUACUGAAAGGCUUCAAGUGCAUAUUAUAAAGGCCAAGCACCUCCCCUCCCGUACCCCCGCGCUGGCCAACGCAUGCGAUCCCUACAUAAAGAUCCAAUUGAUGCCGGAUGAAAGAAGAGUACUGCAGACGAAGCAAAAGAAGAAAACUUGCAAUCCAUUCUUUGAUGAAACGUUUGUUUAUCAGAUUCCGCCUGGUAAGCUGGAAGGAUUAACGCUGAAACUGUCAGUUUUGGACGUCGGAAGAGUGGGGAAAGGCAAGCAGCUUAUCGGCCACAUUAUUUUGCCACUCAGCGAAUUGGAAGGCGUCGCGUCAGAUGAAGAACCGCAGCUGUAUAAAUUGGACAUUGAGAAGGAACUCCAAGAGCCGACGUCAGAUUUAGGAGAAAUUCUCGUCUCCCUUCUAUAUAAUGAAAAUCUCCAUCGGCUUACAGUCACCGUGGUAGAAGCUCGAGGUCUCAAACUGGAUUCGUCGUCCAGCAAGCGCGAAUUAGUCGUAAGAGUGACUCAAGAGCGCGCAUGUCGUGGCGUCCGUACUCGCCGAACGGCCGCCGUGGACGUAGGCGACGACGGCAGCGUGCUCGUCUCAGAGUGCUUCCACUUCAGAUUGAGAGCCGAUGAGCUACACACAACCAGUGUCACGGUUCAAGCUCUGCAACCACACUCGGUAUACGCUAAAGAUCGGCUACUCGGCAAGUUCGUGCUGGGAUCGUACAUGUUCGCUAGGGGGCGCGCACUGCAGCACUGGAACUCCGCCCUCGCCUCGCCCAUGGAACAAGUGAAACAAUGGCAUCCCCUCAACAACUAACCAAUUAAAUAAUCGAAUGCAUUACCUACUUAAAGAUUAUUGAAGAACUGUUCUUCAGUUGCAAGUUUAUCUUUAUUUAUUAAAAGGUCCGACAAAUGACUCCAACCUACCUAAUGUUAAGUGACGAUAAAGUCUAGACGCAAAAAUAGCUGCUAUCUGCAGUUUUACCUACCAUACCAACUAUGCUCAUCCUUCCGGCCUGUGAUUUGCUUAUUCACAUCUCUUAUAAAGGUCCCGGGUCGUAAUAGCGAGGGAACACGUUAGCGGGCAAAGCAUUCCAUUUCCGGAUCACGCGACAAAUUAAUAAAGACCAAAUAUCUUUGUGCGCUUUGGAAUCGUAGCCACAGGAAGUCGGUGACAACGUAGGCCAGCUCGCGUGGUGCUCCGAAAGAAAGUGGAAGGUAGAAUAAGGGAGAAUAACUCCUCGGAACACUCGCCCUUGUACAGUCAGUAAAAACAGACAGUAAAAAGCUCAUAGUGGUGCCCCAUCGCGGCGUAAUUAAAGAGACUCAAGGUUAGUUACCUCUACAACUCCGCACGAACUUUACGUUGCCACUCCAUCAUAUUCUAGCAGCACAAAAGUGGUUGAUUCCUCUAUUCAGCCUUCAUGCAUCCACUACAGAGAAGAUAGCCCAUAAUAUCAAAUUCGUAAAUUUAUAUCUAACCCAACCCAAUUUGACCGUAUUAACCUUUAUUUAUAGUAAUAUCCGCCUAGAUUUUAGGUUAUAAAUAAAAAAAAACUGAAACGUGCUUCAGAAGAACUGUCCUUUAAUAAACAGUGGGACACACCAAUGAAUCAGACCCGGCCAAUUAAUCAAAUUCCAAUCUUUAUUUCGUAACUUUUGUGCUCAGUCAGUGUGUAGUAAAAUAAUAAAUUUAGUCUAAUGAGUAUUGAUGUAUUAUUGUUAAAUUAUAUUUGUGUAAGGCAUUACUUUAUUAAAUGUUUUCAGUAUGUAAUUUUUAUUCUAGUUACAUAUAAUAAAUUGCCAACGACUUAGUAGUUACUUAUUUGUAACGCGACAACAUUUCAUUUAUAUCCUAAUUCGUUGUGACAACUGUACCUAGUGAUAUUAUUUUUAAGGAAUAAAUCUGUGGUUUACUGCUUUUGUUGAUAGCACAAGUACUUAAGUUAAAAACUUAGUAUUUAUAAGCUCAGCUGCAGUAGAUACUGUUAAAACAUAUCGAUUCUUAAAUCUAACUCUUAAACUCAAGGAUCACUGAUGAGUAUUUUUGUAAUUCAGAUUUACACAUUUAUGAAAUAAAAUUCUCAAAGUUCUUGACACUUUCCUCAAAAAGCUUUCAAAAUUAAUAAGUGAACAAUUCUCUCGCACAAAACUAAAAAUACUCCAAAUAUCUUAAUUUUGAAUUAAAAUACUUACGUACUAAUAAAAAAUAUAUGCAUAGAUAUAAAUUUUAUAUUAUCAAAGUAUAUAAUACGCGAAUCUUUAUGUAAAGAACAUUGAGAUAUUUAUAUUAAAAUAUUUAUUAAUGGAUAAUAUUGCCAAUAAUUAAUAUAUAAUUAAAGUAUUAGUUAUACACGUAUCUAUUAGGUAUAAUUUCUAUUUGUGCAACUGGAAUAAAGGAAAUAAACCGUAACACCAAAUUGG